GUGGUGCGUGCGGGUACCAAGGCGACGUGGAGAAGCCGCCGUUCUCCGCCAUGAUCACGGCGGGUGGUCCCUCCAUAUUCAAUGGCGGCAAGGGCUGCGGCGCUUGCUAUCAGGUUAGAUGCAUCGGCAAUUCCGCUUGCUCUGGGUCCCCGGCGACCGUGGUCGUCACAGACCAGUGCCCCGGCGGGCCGUGCCAGGCUGAGGCUGCGCACUUCGACCUCAGCGGGAAAGCGUUCGGCGCCAUGGCCAAGCCCGGACAGGAUGACAACCUCCGCAACGUCGGCAAGCUUAGAAUCCAGUACAACCGGGUUCCGUGCAACUGGCAUGGGCUCGACAUCGCCUUCAAGGUGGACGCCGGCUCCAACCCCAACUACCUUGCGGUGCUCAUUGAGGACGAGGCCGGCGACGGAGACCUGUCUGCGGUCGAGCUUCAGCAGCGCGGCAGCAGCUGGGCGCCGAUGCAGGAGUCGUGGGGCGCGGUCUGGAAGUACAACGCCGGGUCCACUCUGCAGGCACCCAUAUCGUUCCGCCUCACCUCCGGCUCCGGCAAGAAGCUCGUCGCCAGGAAUGUCAUCCCCGCCGGCUGGCAGGCCGGCAAGACCUACCGAUCCAUCGUAAACUUCCAGUGAUUGCUCCGUCAGUGGGAUCAAUUGAGUGCGCAUGUUAAAUUAGUUGUGCAGCA